CUUCAAAUUCUCUUGACCGUUUUGUCCCUACCGCCUUUUCCACAACGGCAAGAAACGCUCCUCUCUCUCUCUCUCUCUCUCUCUCUCUCUCUUUCUCUCUUGCAUCAACAAUGAAAACCCAUUAGCCAAUUCUCUCUUUUUGAAGAGAAAGCAACAAAAGGAAAAUUUAUCUGAUUUUCAAGAAACAAAGGCCAAAUAAAAGGGUAUUUCUUUAUAUCUAAAAUGGGAUGUUUUCUUGCUUGCUUUGGUUCCUCCAAAGAUCGCAGCAAACGCCGUAAACAUAGGCAUAAGGUUCAACCUCGUGAUCAGAGAAAUGCAGGUCUCAAACCAGUGCAGUCGGCAGUUUCUUUGGUACAGAACUACCCAGAAAUACCCACUAACCCAGUUUCAGAAAUUAGGGAUAAUAAGCCUGAGGAGCCAUUGAACCUUAGCCCUCGAAAAAAAGUAACAUUUGAUUCGAUUGUGACAACCUAUGAGCAUGCUUCAGUGGAAGAAUCCACUGAGUUUUGUGUGGAGAAAGAAGAUGGUGGAAAAAGGAAGGAGAAGGAAGAGAAUUUAGUAAAACCAAGCCAAUCUCACUCCUCUUCUGACGAUAGUUCGAUCACUUCAAGCUCAGGAUCUUUUCCUUCUAAUCAUAGAUACCAGAAUUGUAGAGAUAGUGAUGAUGAAUUAGACUAUGGGGAAAGUGAUGUAGAUGAUGAUGAUGACGAAGAUGAAGAUGAAGAUGACGGUGCAUUAGAUUUUGAUGAUGUAUACGAGGAUGAUGGAGUUUUAGAAUCAGGUCCGAAACUAUCAGUGGCUAAAGGGGCGCUACCAUUUACUGAGGAGGUUGAUAGUUCUGUGAUGACAAGUAGUUUGCAUGACAGGGAAGUGAAGCCAAAUCCCAAUGCUCGAGAUAGGAGUGGUUAUGUGCACUCUGUGUUGAACCCGGUAGAAAAUCUCACUCAAUGGAAGGCUGUGAAAGCAAAAGGGACACCAUUGUUGAAACAACAGAAAGAAAAUCACACGCUGGGUCAAGAACCCCGGACUUCGUUUAGCUCUGAGCCUAGUUUUAGGGAAUUGUCAUUCAGUUUCAAAGCCAAAUCCGAGCAAUCUAAGAAAGCAAACCAAGAAGUGGCAGUGGAUGCUAGCUUAUCCAACUGGUUGGGUUCAUCAGAGAGUACACCAAUUAGCAAGCCCAGCACAAAUGGUUUUGAUACUUUUACACCUGAGAAAAGCACGACAGUGGGAUCAAAUUCACCAAAAAGCUUUGAAGAUAGACCUAUUCUAGGCGCGCUAACUAUGGAAGAGCUUAAACAGUUUUCAGCUUCUUCUUCGCCAAGGAAGUCACCUAGUCGUAGCCCUGACGAGAUGCCUAUAAUUGGGACCGUAGGAACCUAUUGGAAUGACAGUGUCACCAGCAAACACUCCGACUCAGCCUCUUCUUUCAAGGGAAUACCAAACACGACCAGCAAGUAUAGAGAGGACAAGAGAGUGAAUUGGUACUCUACUCCGUUUGAGACCAGGUUGGAGAGAGCUUUGAAUAAUGGUGGUGCUGCUGCUGCUGGAUCACACUGAUGAUGUGCAUUAAACCUGUUCGUGUGUGUCUUUUUCAUUUCUUCUUUGUUUUUGGGUGUGGCUUGUGAAUUUAUUCAUGGUUAUCUGUGGUAUACGUGCCUGCUGUUGUAAUUCUUUUAUUGGGUUGAUUGAAUGCCAAUACAAUGUAAUUCAUUUAAUUUUAUUCUAUCACCUAAUAUUUCUUUGUUUA